AUGGCAAUGUGUCCAGCAAGUUGUCCAAGAUCAUGUAAUGAAGCUGGGAGGUGUUGUCAUGAACAGUGUAUUGGAGGCUGCAGAGGGUCUACUGCCAGUGAUUGCACUGCUUGCCGUCAUUUCCUACAUCUAGGUGUAUGCGUGGGACAGUGUCCCAAUGGAACAUUCCAGUUCAAGAAUCGUCAUUGCAUCACAGCAGAGCAGUGUCCAGCCGGUUGGAAGUUAUUCAACGAGAAAUGUACUCAGGAUUGUCCAGGUGGUUAUAUGCCAGACUUUAAUGACAGUAGACAUUGCCUACCUUGUACUGGAACAUGCCCUAAAGUAUGUGAUGGAAAGACGAUCCAAUCCGUGGAAGAUGCUGCUGCAAUGAAAGGAUGUACUUACGUGCAUGGAUCGCUAACUAUAAGUGUACAUGGAAGAGAGCGGAUUUCUUGGGAUUCCUCAUCAGUAGAUUAUUGAGCUUACUUGUGCUAUUUUUGGAUGCAUCUAGGUUUUCUUCAGAUACGACGAGUCCUUCUGUGCUAGAAGCAAGUUGUUUACUUGAUUUAGGUGACUGGUGUUU